GGAAUAUAGUUGGAAGAAGAAAACACUCCAUCAAUUUCAAGCAAACAAUCUCAACAAUUUUACCAAAAAACUUGAGAUAUUACUAUCACUCAUUUUAAGUGAUAAUUUCCAUCACAUCAAGCAAACAAUACAUGUAUAGUUUGUACAUAAACUUUAAAAAACAAUACAUACAUUGUCCAUAAUGUAUGCAUUGUAACUAAACUAAUAAAAAAUCACCAAACCAAACGAGCUUAAUGGAAGAAACAAAACCAAACGAAUCCUUUUCCAGUUCCAGCGGCGUUCAUCAAUCCAAACCAUGGCGCACCGUGAUCUGCGUCUUCUCCCUUGCUCCUCCUCAUCGGCAGGGAAACUACGUCGAGUGUCAAACCCUCCUCCUCCUCUAAUCAGCAAACUGGUAGGCGAUCUUCUCUUAGAAGUUCUGAUUCGCGUCCCGCACCCGAGGUCCGCCUGCUGCUGCAAACUGGUCUGCAAGCGGUGGAACUCCCUGAUCUCACAACCCUAUUUCAAUCGCCGUUUCUUCUCUCAUCACCAGAGGAUGAACCAAUCUCUGCUUAUUCCCUCACAGGAUCGCGAAUCCGUGAUCUUGAGCUUCCUCCCCAUGCCUGGUUAUUUUGCUGAAGCGUCUUUCCAUGUCAUUGAUUGCUUCAAGGACCUGGUUCUAUGCGGAUUUUGGGCCUCGCCCGACACUGACCCGGGAAUCGUCAGGUCUUGGUUUGUCUGCAAUCCGUUUACCAAGCAAUGGGUAGCCCUUCCUUUAAUGCCUAACAGGUCGAUGGAAGAGCGUGGUGGAUUGAUUGCGAGGUUAGUUUGUGAACCUCGUUCUAAUCAUGAGCUUGAUCUAGGAGAUGACCAAGUAUUUGUUCACUCCGAGUAUCGGUUCCGGGUGGUGUGUAUGUAUUCUGCUGUGGGCGAGUCUACAAAACUAGACGUGUUUUGUUCCGAGUCUGGAGCCUGGACUGAGGGUGCUCUUGUCCUUGACAGUGAUCUUAUUAUAUAUCGCGAGCAAGUAGUUUCGUGCAACGGCAGGCUCUUUUGCUGUGCCCAGGAUGCUGGUCCAAGGCUUGAUGCUGCUCCGAUUCUUGGGGUUGAUGCUUUCCACCUCGAUCGACCUCCAUUCCGUGUGGAUGGUCAUCCUGGAUUCGAGUGGAAGCAUUUUCACAUCUCGGCCUCGCAAGGCGUUUUGCACGUAGCUCGGCUUGAUAAGAACCUUGGUGCACUUCCCUUGUUGACUGUUUGGAGACAGGAUGAGGGCGGCGACGGGCAACAUAGUUCAUGGAGUGAGCUAUAUCAAGUGUCGUUGUCAAAAUCGUGCUGCUUCGUUGCCUGUUUGCAUCCAGACGACCCAGAAAUUGUCUUCUUAGAGAAUCAUGUCAGUGAGGAGAUACUGUAUCACGAUGUGAGGACGGGGGAGGAAGGCGUCUUUGAUAGCUUGUCAUUUCGAUGGAGGCUGUUCCAGCCUAGGAUUUCCUGCUGGCCUACCCCAAUUCCAGACUACGAAAAACUCCAAGGUGCAUACGAUGGAAGCUACGACUGUUGGGUUAAACAGACCAGCCGCCAAGCUGCUCCUGCUCCUGCUCUGCCCCUCAGAAUCUAAGUUUGUAUGUAGACAUUCUUUUCUUCUGUCUGUUGGGGUUUAUUUACGAGUAGGUUGCUUGGAACUAGGAAUGUUAAGAGCGUUUUGUCAGUUGAAGCAGAACAGAGUAGUCGUCGUAGCUAGCUUAUAUUCUAAACAGUAAUGUCUCUCCUUUCAUUCUGUUUCUAUUGUUCGGUUUUUAUCAAUAUAUAUACUUCCUUCCUUCUUGGCUCUCAUUUAUUGGUACAACAAUUAGUUCUAAAUAAAUGGUGCAUGGAACC